CAGUGGGUACAUGUUUUUCCUUAUCGCCUGAUACUGCCCGGGUGUUGUGUGUCACUCGGUUUCCCAAGUUCGGUUCGUGUUUUCCAGAAAUCCAGUUUUUCUUUUCCAUCGACCGGAGGUUCCCUUGCUAGGAGUGCAAACUGCUGGAAGAUGGCGGUUGGGAUGCUGUCUGAAACUGGAGCGCAGUGGUGGAUCUAGUAAGCUAGGUAGCUAGCUGGCGCUAACUGGAUACAGUACGCAACGGAAUUAUGUUUUGUUUUGAUAUCUACAAUUAUCGGAGAUGGACGUUGGAUUUUCUAUAAGGAACUCACACCCGUUAAAUAGCCGGAAUCUGGAGCACUCUUUCCAGUGGGGUUUUUAAGACGUUAGCUGGCUAUCAUUUUCCCGAACCAAUCCCAUACCGCUAGCUUGCACGCUAGCUAGUAUUAUCUGCAUAGUCGUGUAGGAAGAAAGUGGAUGAAAAUGUCGGAUAGUAAAGUAAAAGUUGCAGUUCGAGUCCGGCCGAUGAACCGGAGAGAAUUGGAACUGAAUACUAAGUGUGUUGUGGAAAUGGAGGAAAAUCAAACUGUCCUGCACCCACCGCCUUCAAACACAAAAGGGGAAAACAGAAAACAGACCAAGGUGUUUGCCUUCGACCACUGCUUCUGGUCCAUGGAUGAGUCCAACCACACAAAGUAUGCCGGCCAGGAAGUAGUGUUCAAGUGCCUUGGAGUGGGGAUCCUGGAGAAUGCAUUUCAAGGAUACAAUGCCUGCAUCUUCGCCUAUGGACAGACGGGUUCUGGGAAGUCCUUCUCCAUGAUGGGGAACGUGGAGCAGCCAGGCCUCAUCCCCCGGCUCUGCUGCUCCCUGUUUGAGAGGGUCUCCAAGGAGGGCAACGAGGCGCACUCCUUCAAGGUGGAGGUGUCCUACAUGGAGAUCUACAACGAGAAGGUCCGAGAUCUGCUGGACCCCAAAGGGAACCGUCAGUCUCUGAAGGUCCGGGAGCACAAGGUCCUGGGCCCGUAUGUGGACGGGUUAUCCCAGCUGGCUGUCACUAACUUCGAGGACAUCGAGUCGUUAAUGUCAGAAGGGAACAAAUCUCGAACGGUCGCCGCCACCAACAUGAACGAGGAGAGCAGCCGCUCCCACGCCGUCUUCAGCAUCAUCAUCACCCAGACCCUGUACGACCUGCAGUCUGGGAACUCGGGGGAGAAGGUCAGCAAAGUGAGCCUUGUGGACCUGGCGGGCAGCGAGCGCGUGUCCAAGACGGGCGCGGCGGGCGAGAGGCUGAAAGAGGGCAGCAACAUCAACAAGUCCCUGACCACCCUGGGCUGUGUCAUCUCUGCCCUAGCUGAUCAGUCUGCUGGGAAAGGGAAGACCAAGUUUGUGCCUUACAGAGACUCCGUCCUCACCUGGCUACUCAAGGAUAACCUUGGGGGCAACAGCAAGACUGCUAUGAUUGCCACUAUCAGCCCAGCUGCGGAUAACUAUGAAGAGACCCUGUCGACACUGCGCUACGCCGACCGAGCGAAGAGGAUCGUCAACCACGCCGUGGUCAACGAGGACCCCAACGCCCGGAUCAUCCGCGAGCUUCGGGAGGAGGUGGAGAAGCUGAGGGAGCAGCUGUCCCAGGCGGAGUCGAUGAAAGCCCCUGAACUUCAGGAAAAGCUGCAGGAGUCCGAGAAGCUCAUCCUGGAGAUGACGGUCACCUGGGAGGAGAAGCUGAGGAAGACGGAGGAGAUUGCACAGGAGCGUCAGAAACAGUUGGAGAGUAUGGGCAUCUCCUUGGAGUCUUCAGGGAUCAAGGUUGGAGAGGACAAGUGCUUCCUUGUGAACUUGAAUGCUGACCCCGCCCUCAAUGAGCUGCUGGUCUACUAUCUGAAGGACCACUCGCGUGUGGGAGCUGACACAUCUCAGGACAUCCAGCUGUUUGGGAUCGGGAUCCAGCCAGAACACUGCUUACUUGACAUCAGCCAGGACGGGGAUGUCACUCUGUCCCCCAUAGAGAACGCCAGAACCUGUGUGAAUGGCACCAUCAUCCACUCCAUGGUCCACCUCUGGCAUGGUGACCGCAUCCUGUGGGGCAAUAACCAUUUUUUCAGAAUCAACCUGCCCAAGCGGAAAAGGCGGGACCGCUUGAAGGAGAUGGACAGGGAGUCUCCAAGGGAGAGCUUUGUGGAGCCGGACGUGGAGACGGCCAGCGAGGCCUCGUCCGAGCAGGACUACAGCUACGAGUUCGCCCAGAUGGAGGUCAUGAUGAAGACUCUGGGGAGCAACGACCCCAUGCAGAACGUGGUGCAGGUGCUGGAGAAGCAGUACCUGGAGGAGAAGCGCACUGCACUGGAGGAGCAGCGCAUGAUGUACGAGCGCGAGCUGGAGUCGCUGCGGCAACAGCUGUCCCCUGAAAGGCCCCACCCCCAUCACCGCUGCAGCGCCGACCGCCUGUCAUUCUCCUCACACCCUGCCCACAGCAAGCUCCGCCUCUGGAGUGAGGAGCGGGACGAGCUGUUUCGCCAGAGCUUGUCUCGGCUCAGGGAGCAGGUGGUCAAGGCCAACACUCUGGUGCGGGAGGCCAAUUUCCUGGCGGAGGAGAUGAGCAAGCUGACGGACUACCAGGUCACCUUGCAGAUCCCCGCUGCCAACCUCAGCGCCAACCGCAAGCGAGGAGCCAUCGUGAGUGAGCCGGCCAUCCAGGUGCGUAGAAAAGGAAAGGGGACGCAGGUCUGGACCAUCGAGAAGCUGGAGAACAAGCUGGUGGACAUGAGAGAACAUUACCAGGACUGGAAGGAAGGAACUGAGGAGAUGAACAACAAGCUGAACAACAAGCGUGGCGAUCCGUUCUACGAGGCGCAGGAGAACCACAACCUCAUCGGAGUGGCCAAUGUCUUCCUGGAGUGCCUCUUCCAUGAUGUCAAGUUGCAGUAUGCUGUUCCCAUCAUCAGCCAGCAGGGGGAGGUGGCAGGCCGGCUGCAUGUGGAGCUGAUGCGGGUCAGUGGAGCUGUGCCCGAGCGUCUGGCUGGGGGGGAUGACUCCUCAGAGAACUCAAGUGAAAGUAGCAGCUAUGAGGUCAUGGACACCAAUGGGGAGAUAGUCCACAUGGCCAAGAAACUCACCUGCAGGGUGCGGAUCAGAGAAGCUACCGGGCUGCCUCUGAACCUGUCCAACUUUGUGUUCUGUCAAUACACCUUCUGGGAGCAGGCGGAGCCCACGGUGGCCCCGCCCAUGGUCAGCCCAGACACGCCCUCCCCUCACACCCCCGACUCACAGUUCACCGUCAGGUUCGAUCACUGCAAGGACUACGUGGUCCACGUGACGGAGGAGUUUCUGGAGUUUAUCUCCGAAGGGGCUCUGGCCAUAGAGGUGUGGGGUCACCGCUGUGCUGGAAACGGGCGCUCACUGUGGGAGCUCGACGCUCUGCAGGCCAAGAGUCGCACGUUCCGAGACCGGUGGAGUGAGGUGUCUCGGCGGAUCGAGUUGUGGGUCUCCAUCCAGGAGCUGAAUGAGCAGGGGGAGUACUCCGCUGUGGAGCUGCAGGCCAACAGGGACAUCAGCACUGGGGGGGUCUUCCAGCUCCGGCAGGGUCACUCUCGGCGGCUGCAGGUUUGUGUGAAGCCGGUCCAGCAGUCUGGCACUCUGCCCCUUCUGGUGGAGGCUGUGCUGUCAGUGUCCAUUGGCUGUGUGUCAGCCCGAUCUACUAAGCUACAGAGACCACUGGACAGCUACCAGAGGGAGGAGGAUGACGAUAUGGAUAGUUAUCAGGAGGAGGACCUGAACUGCGUGCGUGAGCGCUGGUCUGAUGCCUUGGUCAAACGCAGGGAGUACCUGGAUGAGCAGAUCAAGAAGAUCAUCAACAAACAAGAGAAGUCGGAGGAGGAUGUGGAGCGUGAGGCGCGUUGUUGGUGGGAGGCCAGUGGGUGGGCGCUGGCAGGAGGGACCCGCAGCUGUUUAUGUGAUUGUCUCAGGGUGCCCUCUGCAGGAAUGGAGGUUCACAUCCCUGUCCUCUUCCUGGAUCUCAAUGCGGACAACCUGACGGUCAGUGAUCAGAUGACUGGGCCCCAUGCUGCUGGAGUGAACUCCAUCCUGCCCAAAGAGCACGGCAGCCAGUUCUUCUACCUGCCUAUCAUCCGACACAGUGACGAAGAGGUGCUGGCCGUGUGCUCCUGGGACUCCUCCAUCCAUGACUCGGUCCACCUGAACCGGGUCACCAGCCCCAACGAGCGCAUCUACCUUAUCAUCAAGGUGACAGUCCAGCUCAGCCACCCGGCCUCUAUGGAGCUGGUGCUUCGCAAGAGGAUUGCGGUCAACAUCUACAACAAGCAGAGUUUCACCCAGAGUCUGAAGAGACGGAUGUCAAUGAAGAAUUUGCUCUACUCCUGUGGAGUCACAUACGAGAUUGUGUCCAACAUACCAAAGGCGUCAGAGGAGCCCGAGGAGCGGGAGACCCUGGCGCUCAUGGCUGCGCGGGGAGAGAGUGAACGGUCCCAGGACGGAGAGACGUACAUCGAAAAAUACACCAGAGGGGUGCUGGAGGUGGAGAACAUCCUGAGUCUGGAGAGACUGCGGCAGGCAGUAACGGUGAAGGAAGCUCUCUCUGCCAAAGGAAGACACAUCCGGAGGAGCAUCAGCACGCCCAACGUUCAGCAUGUGUCAUGCAGUAAAACGGACUUAACAGGGUGUGAAGAUGAAGAUUUCAAGGGGCAUUCUGAGAGUCAGCCAGACAUCGCCAACUGCAGUUUACAAGAUGGUGCACUGUGCUCCACCCUCCCCAGGGACUCACCCCUCAAGAGCAAGGAGUAUCCUGGCUUGGUCCCAGAGAGCCCCACGUUCUUCAACUCCAGCCCCUUCAAGGCCCUGUCCCCCCAGCCGCCCAAGUUCCUCAAGGCCCUGAUGCCGGUGAAGGAGGAGCACAAGUGCCGGCGAUCUCUGGAGGCCCGACCGCUGCUGGGGCAAGAGCAGAGCAUGCGCCCGUUUGCGGAACGCAAUGCGCUGGCCCCUCACUGCCCCUGGCGACGCCCGCGGGCGGGAAGUGAGGGCCACAGCGGCAGCGGCGGCGGGCAGCUCAGUCUAGGCUCAGAGCUCAGACACACACACCGACACACGCCCGACUCUGAGGAAGAAGAGCCUGAGGCGGGCACUCCACCGAGGCAGCCGAGCAUGCUGGGAUUUGGCCUGGACUCACAGGAGUUCCCAAAUCUCCAGCCUUACGUUCCAGAGGACUUUGCCAAUUUUGAGGUGUACAACGCCACCCUGGAGGGGCGGGAGAGCGGCCCGUGUGGAAGGGCGGAGCUGGCUGUGGCCGGAACUGUAGCCGGGGGGCGGGUCUUUGAGAAGGAGGUGUCCCGGAGCCCCACGGCCAGCAGCUGCACCAGCGGCUACUUCUCCCACAGCGCCUCCAACGCCACGCUCUCAGACGUCAUCUUCACCGGCAGCGACAGCUCGGACCAGCUGAGCGCCUGCAACCGCGACCCCCCCGACCUCCACGAGCUCCCCCCCUCCGCCAGGAGGAGCUCGCUCCAAACCAAAAGUGCCUUAGGGGGGGAGGCCUCGCUCGUACCCCCCAGCCCGUACGAGACCGCCUCGCCGCCUCCCCCUCCGUCGGCCUGCACCCCGAACUGCUCCGACAGCGAGGACCCGAAAGACGGACAGUCCAGCCCGCUCCCCAGGGGGUGCGUCCUCAGCGUCAGUCAGGAGUUCACCGACUUCAAGAGUGCUGAGGAUGGGGCUGAGGACGGGGACCUGGGCCACUGUAAGGAAGAGGGGUGGCAGUCUGGGGAAAGGUGCCUUUUCUCAGGCCAUGAGGACCAGGGCGCACCGCACACCUGCCACAUGCACAACGGCAAAGAGCCGGCGCCGCCAAACUCGCAGGAGGUGCAGUGCCAGGGGAACGCCCCGCCCCCCUCCCCGCCACACUCUCCCCCAGCCGCCCCGGACCAAUCCCCAGCCUCACCUGACCAAUCCCCUGCCUCCGAUCACCCCACGGACUCCUCGAGCGGGGACGAGGGCGCGCCCGUGGCCCAGCUGCCAGACUGGAUGGCCCCCGGGGAGCGGGUGUGGGUGGGGGAGAAGGGCGGGAUGGUGCACUAUGUGGGAGGGGUGGAGUUCGCCGAGGGGAUCUGGGUGGGAGUGCAACUGGAUGUUCCAGCUGGCAAACACAAUGGCACCGUUCAGGGGCGGGUGUACUUCCGCUGUCCGGAUGGCCACGGCGUCUUCGUCAAACCAUCACGUCUCUCCAGAGAGCCCCCUAAUUUGGGGAAAGGACCCCAGCCCCACAGUGCCCCCUCAAGGUCUUCCAGGUCCCAUGAAAAACAGGGCAGGGGUUUCACCCAUGAAAAGGGGAGGAGCAGGGUGGAACAGCAGGCCUCCCGAAACACCUCCCAGGACCACCGGCGAUCCUGGAACAGCUGAGCUCAGAUGGACUUGACCCCACGCUUCUCCAUGUAUUUUGUGUGUCCUGCUUCAUGGUUCUACGCCUACAGGAUACAAGCUUCAACCAUUACCCCCCACCCCCUUUUUUGUCUUAAUACACCUGAUAAGUGCUUUUUUAAAGCUGGUUAUGUCACUGAAUGUGUUGUAUAUCAAAUUUUCAAACUUUUCUGCCAUAAAAUGUUUUAUUCAGUUUUUUAUAUUUUAUUUCUUUUUUUUAAUGUUAUGUUCCACUUGUGUCCAGCAUCUAGAGAGCUGUGGCUUUCACAACAGCUGUGUUUUUUCAUUUCUGCCACUACUAAUGAAGCUGGUCGCCAUGAAUAUUUAAUCAGAAUCACUAUGUUCUUUCAGAGGAAAGAAUGUACUUCCUGAAAAAACUAUGGUGUGAGACAGAUGAACGCAUGGGGAAAUUUUUUGAUUGAGUAUAUACCACUGCUGUUAACAAGUGAAUAUUUAUGAUGGUGGUUUAAUUCAUUAUCAAUAUUAUGAGUCACCAAAGAACUCAAGUUUCUGCUGUUAAAACUGUCCCAAGUUUGUUAAUACUGUGUGUGGGUGUAUUUGUGUAAGUGUGUGGAAAGCUUAGUGCCAUAUUUCUGUUAAUAAUCAAGGCCAAGCUCGUGUGAACUAUUUAUCACCUGUGUAAAUCAGGAAUUGCAAGCCAGUUAUCGAGUGAAUGCUAUACUCUUCUACCUUGAGAGAUGUGGGUAUGUGUUGACAUCACUGACCAAAUGGUGUUUCUUUGGUACAGAGGGUAACCUGGUGUCCCAGUCGGGUUGAACUACAUUUGCUUGUUCAAGAAGCCUCCUAUGGGUUUGCUAUGCGAUUUGCACAUUGCUGCAGUAACCAGUAUAAUCUUCGGCCUAGCCAUUAUAAUGCCUUACUGCCCUGUUAAUGUGGAGAGACAGGAACACUGUUCUGUGGGUAUAGUGUCUUUCCUGUGACCACAUUACGCUGCCCCAACAAGGACACACAAUCUGCAUAUGACGUAAUGCCUAGGGGCAUUUAUAUAACAACCAACUCACUGGCCUGUGUGUCAGUAUGUCUGAAACAGUGUUACUGCGACUGCAAGUCAUUAUGUGUGCUUGACUGAAUGACUGACUUCUUGUUUUAAAUCUACGGUAAAGGUACUCAUGCAAAUAUAUAGAUAUUAAAUAUAUAUAUAUUUUUGGAGGAAUGAAAUUAUGCGUAGUAAGGGGCAAUAUCAAGGAAAUGAGAAAAAUAUGUAUAUAUAAUAGUUUUGUAUACUGAAUGAUAGUGGGUCAUCUGCACUCUGCUUGAAAAAGUAACUUUUAAAGGGAUAAUUAUGGUGUAAAGAGCUGUGGAUCUGAUGGGAUGUCAGAGGAGUAAAUGAAUGCUGUAAUUUUGAGUAAAUAAGAGGAAAACCCAGGACCUUACUUUAAAGAAGAGGACAAAGCUGCUCUCCUUCAUGAGGAGUUGUAAAUACAUCCUUAUCUGAACAUAGUGUUUUCCUAUAUUAUAAUGUACAGAAUUGUAAUUUAUAUUGUAUUUCAGCAAAACUGUUUUAAUCAAUGCAAAAGUGUUUUAGAAUACAGAGUUUACAAUCGA